GUGCGAUGCCCUCACACUCACCUGUCGCCUCUAUAUGCACCGCCCCACCGGCGUCCGUAAAAGCACUGUACUGUUUACGGAGCUGACCAGGAGAAAGAGAGAGCGCGCAAGCGAUCGAGCAAGGUUACGGAGCUUGGAAGAAGAAGUCAGGCACGUGAAUGGAUCGCGCUGUGAUGGCGCCGCCGCUGCUCGUCCUCCUGCUGCUCCUCCUCUCGCGGUGUUCGGCGGCGGCGCCACGGCACGGCGCCGAGGGCUGGUGGGAGGAGGGCGAGGGGGAAUGGAGGCCGGCCGAGGAGGAAGAGCAGGGCAAGCAGGGCAAGGGGAGGGGGCUGUUCGUGCUGGACCGGCUGGAGAAGGUGGUCGAGUCGGAGGGCGGGCAGGUGCGCGUGGUGCGCGGCCAGCCGUGGCCGCCGGCCGCCGCCUUCGCGUGCCGCGACGGGCUCAUGCACAUCGGCUUCAUCACCAUGGAGCCCAAGACGCUGUUCGUGCCGCAGUACCUCGACUCCAGCAUCACUCUCUUCGUGCAGCGGGGGGAAGUGAAGGUUGGGUAUAUUCACAAGGAUGAGCUCGUGGAGAGGAAGCUCAAGAUGGGCGACGUGCUCCACAUCGACGCCGGAUCCACCUUCUACUUGGUCAACACCGGCAAAGGGCAGAGGCUACAGAUCAUAUGCAGCAUCGACGCCUCCGAUAGCCUUGGCUUCUUUGGACCUCCUUAUCAGGCCUUCUACCUCGGCGGCGCAGGGCACCCGGCGUCGGUCAUCGCCGGUUUCGGACCGAAGACGCUUACCCAUGCCUUCAACGCCACCUACGACGAGUUGGCAAGUAUCCUGCUGGCAAAAACCGGCGGCCCCAUCGUGCACUACACCGCGGACGUGGAGCCCGAGGGCGGUGGCGGCGAAGAGGAGCGUGGGCAGGGCGGGAACGACGUGCUGGACAGGGGAACGCGGUGCGAGGGUGCUCGUGCUGGUGCUGGCGCUGGCGCGUGGAGGCCGGUCGGCAGGGGAGACGAAGGCGACGAGUGCGGCAGCGAUGACGACGCACGGCGGCCGACGUGGUCGUGGAGGAAGCUGGUGAACAGGUUCAUCGGAGGAGGGGCGGGCGGCGGCGACACCGCGGAGACGAACAAGAAGGGCAAGAAGAAGGGGGGCGCGACGGAGCCGUACAACCUCUACGACAGCGAGCCCGGGUUCCGGAACAGCUACGGCUGGACCGUCUCCGUCGACAAGCACCAGUACGAGCCCCUCAAGCACCCCGACAUCGGCGUCUACCUCGUAAACCUCACCGCGGGGUCGCUGCUGGCGCCGCACGUGAACCCUCGGGCGACGGAGUACGGCGUGGUGCUGGGCGGGGAAGGCACGAUCCAGGUGGUGUUCCCGAACGGGUCGCUGGCGAUGAGCGAGGUGGUGCGGCCCGGCGACGUGUUCUGGAUCCCGCGCUACUUCCCCUUCUGCCAGGUGGCGUCGCGGGGCGGGCCCUUCGAGUUCUUCGGCUUCACCACCUCGGCGCGCCGCAACCGGCCGCAGUUCCUGGUGGGCGCCUCCUCGGUGCUCCGCACCCUGCUGGGGCCGGAGAUCGCCGCCGCGUUCGGCGCUCGCGAGGAGGAGUUCAGUAAGCUGGUGCGCGCGCAGAGGGAGGCCCUGAUAAUGCCGUCGUUCCACGCGUCAGGGAAGGAGGAGGAGGAGGAGAAGCAUGGGAAGAAGAAGGGGAGGAGGGAGAGGGAGGAGGCACCAGUGCCGCUGGUCGUCGAGCAGGUGGUGUAGGAGUAAGCUGCUUGAUCAUCCUAACGAAGCACGCGCGCCACGAGUGUUUCCUAGACUGCUGCUGCGCCUUGUCAGUGAUCGCGUUUUGUUCGUGGCGCCGUCUAUAAAUAAAGUGCUUUGUGCGUGUACAGCUAUGAAAGCAGGAUUAUCAUCCAUGCAGGCACGCAGAUUCGAAAGUCGAGCAAUGCAGGCAUGCUUUUGGUAUCAGAAAUCAGGACCUGUAAUUCAGCGUCGGUAUUCCUUCUCCUU